AUGAUUGGCGGCAUGUUGAUCAUGUACGACCUUUUCGCGGUGCCGUUGCAGGCCUUUAAUCCUCCGGAAACCCCAGCGCUUCUGGCCAUGGAUUGGAUCACGCUGGUCUUUUGGACGGUCAAUGUGGGAGCCUCGCUGACCACUGGCUACGUGCAGGAGGGCAACACCAUCAUGGACCCGCACCUUAUCGCACAGACGCGCGGCAGUGCAGCGCAGUCGUGCCAGUUCGCCCGAUAUGAGCCUGGCGCCGGAUACCCGAAGUGA